ACACACGUUGGCGCCGGCGGUGGCCUCUUCUAACUUACUCAGAACUCACCACAUCAACGUGUCCCAUUGGCAACAGAAGUCUCUGGAGCGGAACCGUAGACGGAUGGCGUUCACGUAUGCACCCGACUUUGUGAUCAAGAGAAAGCGGAGAGGACUACCUGAAACCCAUCCGCUGCACCAGUCAUUUACGACAGCAGUACAAGGAGAAUGUGGACAAGAUGUCCCUGGCUGGACAGUCCUUCAAGACGAUACCUCGGACCGUGACGAAGUAACUGCACCGAACGACGGGACUUGUGUUCAGCGACCAACAGAACCAAUGACUGACCAGGAUCUUCGGGCUCUCACAGUCGAAGACUUUCUGCGAUGGUCUGUCCGUACGCCACCAGCGAAACGAUACGGAGGGCGUAAGCAACGUCGAGCGAAGCAGCAAUCACGACUCCCCGGUACCUCGGAGCACCAUCCCGGAGACGACGCUCCUCGUUUCUCCGGUAAUGGAGUGGAAGAUAGCGCGAAGGCACCCUCGUCGAAGAUGGCGCGAAAGCAGCGUGCCCGGAAGCCCAAGUCGCUCGCCAGUUGCACGUUCACCACUGCAGCCCUCUCGCACGGCCCCACGACCCAGAUCGGGCCGCAUACAGGCGGCCGCGUCCCGCUCACCUUCGUUGACGUAGAUGAAGACAUCCCUCCGCAGCCUGCAAGCAAGAAAGGGAGGCUCGUGGACCCGCGGAAGUCCAUUGCCUUCCUCGACAUGCCGUCGCCUCCACCCGUCAGCACGCGUUCUGAGACGCGACCUACUCUCCGUCCCUCGAGGAGGCCAAUAACGAAGUGGAUGUUACGCACUGCGGACGUCAGAAACGCCUCUCGGGGUCAUAAAGUCUCGCAUGGCCGCGCGCCCCCAUAUUCUCCAACUGUCACCGAUCGCGAUCAGGCCCGGUGCACUGUGUUCCCAUUUGCGCUUGUCCCGCUGGAGGAACAUGAAGCGUCCUUGCAAUCAAAAAAACGCCAGCUGGACGUUCCGGCUGAACUCUCGGGAGCAGCAUGUCGUAAAACGGUACGGGAAGAGGAAGAACCGCCCUGGGAUGCGCCGCGACCUGCAGUAACGGUGACUCCUGUACCUCCGCGACAGGUGCACAACCAAGUGCGACCGAACGGGCGGUACCCUGGAAAGCCCGUCCAUGGACAAGUACCCCUCGCUCCACCCGACAUCAUCGCUCGAUCGCCGCGUUCACGCUUCGGACAGUCUGCGUCGUCGGAAGACCCUCGUCAACUCUUGUAUGCGCAAGACGGCUUCGACGCGGCAGCGAUCGCAAUGUCGGGUGAAUCAUCUGAUGCUGUCCAAGAUACCUCGACUAGCACUGCUACGUCAACGUACCCGGAUUGCCCGAAUCGGGCUGGAACUUGCAACUCUCUGGCUGAUCGUCCUGAUCGUGCUGCUGCUGUUGUAGGGUCCUCGAAUCCGACCAACACUGCUACUCUGGCUGUCACUUCUGACGCGUGUGCUGUUACUUUCUCGUCAACUCGUAGUCUCGGCGACACUGGUGCUAUCGGAACGUUGGCUCUAACUACUGACGAUAUUCCUGUGGAGAAGAGCGUUCGUUUGCGGCCUCUGGCGUCAUACCUAGAUUCUCUGCGAGAGACUGCACGCGCAGCUACCCAGCUACAAUCAGCGGCCAAUCAAGAAGAGUGUGGGCUCUCAGCAAAGAGUCGCAGUACCAAGAGCGUGGGUCAAUUGCUCCAGAACGGCGGCCCGUCCGUUGCGGACCGGUCCGCUCGGUAUAGAGAUCUGCGCUCUCAGACGACGAUGGACCGUAAUGCUCGCGGUAGCCCAGCGCCGUAUGCCCGAACCGAAGCAACGCGUGAACAUCACUCCCGACGUGCCAUUCGUCCACGGCCUGUCCGAGUCCAAGGCGGCAAGUCAAGCCCUAGGUUCCUCGCGUAUAAUCAUACGGAACGGUUUGGUUCCCCGAUGCUUCUUGCCGCCGAGGGUGACAUGAAUGAGCUGGUUGGCGAUGAAGAGUAUGAUUCAAUGUUGACGUCCAACUUGGAUCUGUUCUCUGGUUACCGUGGCGGAUGAGCGACAUGCCAUGUAGAUCCGUAUGCUGUCUGUCGAUGUUGCGUUGCUGUACAUUGUGAAGUGUAUGCUAUGGACGUCUGGAUGCACCUAAUUCAAUGUGGCUUUGAGAUUUGA